GCCUCUCGAAGCACUUCAUGAUGAUGGGUGUGAAGACUUCUUUGGCAUGGGGACGAUGGUGGUGGCCUUGAAACAUGUUGGAACGACGGCGCUGCUCAGAGAGAUGUUGAAGAUGUCGGAUGUGAGUGUGUAUUUCAGCAGUGUGUUGGAGGCCACAGAUGUUCUGCACAUCACACACAAACUUCUCGAGGAGUUUCCCUGCAGAAUUCUGCCUGUAUUCAAACCCUGGUACCCAUCAACAUCCGACACCAACAAACCCAUUAAACCCAGAAAGCCUCCACCGCUGGUCUCCUCUGAAGACCUCGAGAACAUCACACGCUGUCUGGAGGAACCACAGAACGCUUCAAACACCAAACACAUGAGCAAACCUGAAGAGACCUGGAAAAGAAAGUCCCAGAGCAGCCCUGAGACGAGCGCCAGAGAUCCGUGUGAGAGUGAACCGAAGAAGUUCAAACGCUCGUGGUGUGUCAUUACCAACAGAAGCUCACCGCUGAAGAUCACACACUCGUUCUCGCGGCUGUUCCGGAAGACUGUCGAGAAACACCGACUGCAUCUUCACCAGAGAGUCAAAUGGGUCGUGUGUGAAGUGAACUGUGUAGUGCACACUAUGGAGGCCGUUUGGCUUGAUCUGAACCGAGCCAUCAGACACGCCAGACUGCCCACGUGCAACGCCAACUUUCAGAGAGCGCUGGCACAGAUUUGGGUGUACUGUGACGUCUUUUACUGUGAAUACAUCGGGAAUUUCUUGAAACAAGAAUUCCAGCUCUCAGGACAGAUUAGCUUAACAGUUCAUAAACUUGGAGACAUUAUUAAGUUAUAGAUUCAGAGCUUGUACUAUUUAAAAGUGUAAAUUAUUUAAUUUUUUAAAUAAUAGUUUGUGAUAUGCAUUUUAAACCUGGAUUAAAUGG